UAGCGCAUGCGCAAAUUUUUCUGAUAAUGGUUAUUUUUAUUAUAAUGUAGACAACUUAUAUAUUAGUGUGAAAAUAUAGAUAUGUGCUUUUUUUAUUUAUCAGUAAUAAGCCCCUAAGAAAUAACGUUUUUCUAUUUUCUUGCAUUUUCAUGUGGCACAUUCUAGUACAUUCGCCGCUAUACCUCAUCGGGAUGUGUUACGUCAGAAAGUUUCUGUUUCUGAUUGCUGAUAUGCUAAUGAGGAACAUAAUACCAUCAAUUAGAAUGCUUUCGUACCACAGUAAGUCCCAUACAUAGCUUCAUAUUUUUAUAGUUCAAUUAUCUGAUUUAAUAAAAUUGUUGAAUUUCUGAAAAUUAGAGACUGAUAAAAAUCACAGUUUUUGCUGUUGUAUACGAGCAAUAUGGAUCCAAUGGGAAGAAAAAAGCUGGAAAAUUGUCUCAAGAUUCACAAAAGAAUUGAUAGAAAUUUAAUUGCUCUUAAUAUCACACAUUUAAAAAUGUCAUGCGAUAGUGUCUUGUUUAAAAAUCAUCCAGCAAGUUGUUCGCUAAUCAAAGAAUUAGAAGAAGACACAAAAUAUUUAAAAAACUUUAUUGACAAAUAUGACUUAGCUGAUCGUUACAAAGAGCCUUAUGCUUACAUUUCAAGCUACUCAAAAACUAUACAAGAUUUAUCCGUACACUCAGUUUGGCACUCCGAGAAAAAGUUUAAAAGUUGUAAAAGGAAACUUUUGAAUUCGGAGAAUUCAAAACAUAAGUUAAAUCGCUUACAAGUUCUAGUGAGGCAUUUGACAAAGAAAAUCAAUUUUUUAAUUAAGGAAAACCCUUUGUCUUUUUACAUAAGGAAUGCUGUGAAAGAAUGGCAUAAUAAUACCCGGAGAAUGAGUUGCAAGGAUAACAACUUACUGGAGAUUGAAUUGAGAAAAUUUAUCAAAGUUAUAAAUCUAAUGCCCCCAGUGCUUGAGCUUUUACCGAACGACAAGAGAGGAUGGAAGCAAUUUCUCUUUCUUGUUAAACUUUUAAAUACUUGCUGUGAUGAAGAUAUUAACGACAGUGACACCAUUUUAAAAAUUAUUUCAAUCCUUGUAAAAAUUAAAGUUAAAGAAAAUGGACGUUUUAUUUUUAUUCAGCAACCCGUGCAUUCACCAGAGUUUUUCGGCUAUAUUCUGCAGCACGUACAAAGUACGGGAAAACAUGACAUUUUGUUCAUGCAAGAGCAUUCAAGAAAUGCGUGGAAAUACUGUAGCAACUUUUCGAUUAUCGAUGCAGUUACUUGUGGAGAUGAAAAAAGAUUAAAGAUGUUAAUUUAUUACGGAUUUAAUGCAUUUCCUAAAGAUGAGAGAUUGAACAAAGUAGACGAAUUUCCAGAUUUAUCUCAAGUGAUUCCAUUAGAGCACAGAUUAAUUUUAGAAAUGAUGAAAAACAUUCAACAAUAUAACCUUAGAAUCACAGAUUCUACAAUCAUUCUUACCGAGGCUCAAAAGAAAUGUGUUCUUAUUGUGUUACAAGAAUCAACAGAUUCUUUUGUUACCAAAAUUGAAAUGAAUGAAUCUCUUAGAAUCGAAUAUAACUAUAGCAUGUUUCAUAAUUUAUCAGAACAUAAGUGCAUGGAAAAAUUUCUAGAAAAUGAAAAAUUAGUCAACAUGUAUGCUAUUAACUUUAGUAAAUUUGCUGAAACCACGAAAUCCAAUGAUAUAUUCAAGCAUUUUUUAUAUUUGCCAUACGGUAAUAUUAAAGGUAAGGUAAUUUUUAGGAUGUAAUCUUCCGCGUGUUAAGGUUCAUAUUUUUCAUUAAUUUUCAUUUGCUUUGGCUUUAAUUUGGUUUAUUUAUGGUUUGGUUCUUUUUUUAAAAAAGCUCUUUAAUUUGCUUUCGCAGCAUGACCUUAUACUUUCUUUAGUUUUGUAUAUAAUUACUUAAUUACUUUCAGUCUAUUUAAUUACUUUAAGUGUUUUAAUGUUAUUUUGCAUGUAAUAUAAUGUUUUUUUUCUACAUUAUUAAACUAUUAUUUAAUGUUGUGUAUUUCUUGAUAAACGAACAAAUAUUGUAAAUAAACAGUUUUAAAAGUUA